AAGCUUAUGAUAAAAUUAAAAAUAAUGUAUCUUAUAUUGGUUGGAAAUAUGAACCAACCAAUACUAAAAAAUUACAUGUACAAAUUUAUAUGCAGUUUCAUCCAGAUAAGCGACAAACUCUUAAAAGUGCUAAACAAAUAUUUAAUGAAGAUAAUUCUUUAAUAUUUCAGCAAAAAUUAAAUGGUACUUCAACUCAAAAUAGAGCAUAUAUAUUAAAAUUAUAUGAUCGUUGUAAAAAACAUUUAGAAUGUCAAUGCACUUUACCAAAAGAAGUUGUUGGUCUAUUUGAAUUUGGUGAAUUUAGAGAAAUUGAAAAAAAAUAUACUAAGAGGAAAAAACAAGAUAUAAAUGAGUUAAAAGCUGAUGAAUUUCAAGGAGCAAUAGAUGGAAAUAAAAUAGAAAAUAAAAAUAAGAUUCCAUAUUGCAGAAGUUAUGAAGCAAUGACAAAAAUUUAUAAUGAUUUACAAAUAGAAAAACAAAAAGAAAAAGAAGAUUUUGGUCAAGAUUUUGUUCUCUUGGAUGAAUUCUAUACAAAAAUUGAUUGGAAUGAUUUAGUUACUUUAUGUAAUGAUACUAAUGAAACUGUUGAACAAAAACAUAAAG